CCGGCACUGCCUUCGGUUUUUGCCCGACAGAUGAAAACAUCAGCGUUGGCUGCUAAUGCCGGCCUGAUUCCUGCAACAAUCAGCAAGAUGUUCGGCAUCCUACUGACUGUUUCCAAUAAAUACGGAUCAAACUGUUAGCAUUUACUGCAUCUGUUGCUAGCCAAAGCCCGUUUUGUAUUUCUAAACCCUUUUUGGAUCUCUAAUUUCCAGUAGAAGAAAAUGAACGGCUUAUCCAUCAGCGACUUGUGUGGCUUGUUCUGUUGCCCGCCUUGUCCGAGCCGGAUUGCAGCGAAGCUGGCAUUCCUGCCCCCAGAGCCCACCUACACUCUUCUGCCAGACCUGGAGUCCACCUCACCUGUGACCUCUAACCUUGGAGCUUCAGGUUUGCGCUCCCGUUUGGGCGGAGGUGGAGGAGGCGGUGGCGGAGAAGGAGCAGGUGGUGGUGGGGGUAGUUUUGUUGACAGGAGUGGAGAAGGCCGAUGGAAGCUGCACCUCUCUGAGCGAGCAGAGUUCCAGUACUCCCAGAGAGAGCUGGACGGAACCGAGGUCUUUCUCACUCACUCCAGCCGUGGAAACAGAGUGGGAUGCAUGUACAUCCGCUGUUCCCCAUCCGCAAGGUACACUGUGCUCUUUUCUCACGGUAACGCUGUGGAUCUCGGUCAGAUGAGCAGCUUCUACAUCGGGCUGGGCACUCGUAUCAACUGCAACAUCUUCUCUUAUGAUUACUCUGGUUAUGGGGUCAGUACAGGGAAGCCCUCAGAGAAGAAUCUGUAUGCAGACAUAGAUGCUGCAUGGCACGCUUUGCGCUCAAGGUAUGGGAUCAGCCCUGAGAAUAUAAUUCUUUAUGGUCAGAGCAUUGGUACCGUGCCCACCGUGGACCUGGCGUCCCGUUAUGAGUGUGCUGCUGUGGUACUUCACUCACCCCUCACCUCAGGAAUGAGGGUGGCGUUCCCCGACACCAAGAAGACAUACUGCUUUGACGCCUUCCCAAACAUUGAGAAGGUUUCUAAAAUCACAUCUCCAGUGCUGAUCAUCCACGGGACAGAGGAUGAAGUCAUUGAUUUCUCUCAUGGUCUGGCCUUGUUUGAGCGCUGUCCAAAGGCCGUGGAGCCGUUGUGGGUGGAAGGAGCCGGGCACAAUGACAUCGAGCUCUACAGCCAGUACCUGGAACGCCUGCGCCGAUUCAUCAGCCAGGAAGUGGCUGCACAGUAAACGCACCAUUCGUUGCGCUCGCGUCUAUAAAUGGUUGACGUUUAUGGAAAGCAAGCAAACCGAAUCUGGUUCUGGAGGGGGUUUUUUCUUCUGUAAACUUUCAGCUUUCACAUCUCUAUCAGCCUUUAGCUGAGUUUUCUACUGAGAAGUCCCCUCGACUUAACACCGAAAAGAUCUGAAUGUGUGAGCAUCGGUCUCAGGAUCUCAGUACGUCUGACGCACUCACAGUUGAUUUGGCUUGUGAUUUAUGUGACCAGGACAAAAAUGAAAUCUCAUUUGAACAGGACUAAUAUCUCUUUAUGAAGCUCUUAUCUCCUGGGUGUUUAUGUACUUUUUCUUUUGUAAGGUCUUGUGGGUAAGCAUAUGACCAGUCUGUUUUAAAAUAUAGCAUUAUCAAUUUCAGACAAGAACUCUCUGCUGGACAGAUUGUGUAUGUGUGUGUGUGUGUGUGUUUGUGUGUGUUUGUGUUAACCUUUUUUAGACCAUUUGCUGUGUUUGUGUGAAUGUUUUUAUUGAAACCACCUUAUCUGCUCUUUUGAGAUGAAUUACCAGUCAAAAUUUUGGACACUGAGUUUGUUUUUCAUGAUCUUAAAAACCUUGAUGUAUUCUGCUUAAAUGCUUGAAAUUUGUAGACACAUAUUGAUUGUGCCUACUUAAGACAUUUUUGAAAAUUAAAAU